AUGAGCUCUGAUGCUUCACCUCGCACCCCAAACGAUUUCGAAAGCGACAUUGAUUUUUCUGGGUUUUCCGUAAGCAGCGAUUUGGACCUAGACUUUGGUUUUCGUGGUAACGGGAAACCUUCAGGAUUGACGGAGAAGGGACCAAAACAUGAAGCGUCAAGUGGUCGUAAUCCGGAAUCGUUACUGGUGCUAACAGCCAAGGCGACCGCUCUUCAUUUCCCCUUCGAGGUAGUCGAAUCCAGUCCCUUGGUUAUUCCUGAGGAACUGCAACGUCUUAUCGCGUUUCACAGCUUUCCUACGGAUGAAGAUGAUAUAUGGCUGUACUCUUGCUUGAGCAGCGGUGGCUCCUACGAGUUUGAUCAAGGAGAAGCUCUGUGGGCUGACAAAGCUGUGAGGGAUUGUGUUCAGAUAGGUUUCUUUUUAAGUGCAACCGUCCUAACCAGCUUGCUUAUCGCUCCGGCAUCGCAAAAUCAUCUAAAUGCUGAUAGGGACGCCGCUUUUGCGACGACUACGUGCGCCGCCGCUGUUACAUCGGCUUCUCAUCAAGGCGUCUCUGGGUGGGACCCCGCUCUAGACACUCGUCGUUUGCCACCUAACUCGGAAAGCAAUCUGGGCACUGAUGGAGUUGCGGCAGAUUCGAAUCAUGUAUUUGGUUUUAACAUCGAACCGGGCUAUCCAGCACACCGAGUCUCCAUCACGUUCGACCGCAAUCGUAUAACCUCUUGUUCGUGCACGUGCACAUUCGACGUGGAUGACGGUUGCGCUAACAUAACCUCUCCUCGCAAUUUGCCGGAGGACAAAGCUAGUCGCGGUUUGGACUGCGGCUUAUCUGAUUUCCCCAAUCCCGCGGCUGCACAGACUUCUGGCACAUUCUCCUACCAACCUAUGAAUUCCAGUGAUCCGAAUACAGCACAAAGGCGAGGACUGCCUCGUAUCAACUCGGGACUUGGCUUGUUCCCCAAUGCCAACCCUGGUAACAGUCGCCUUGGGCCCACUGUCCCUUCUUUACUGCCACGGCGCGGUGUACGUGGAGUGGCUUCCGAUCAGAGGAACAGAAAUGAACCUUCUUUGUGCAGCCUCUUUAAUUCACUUUUCGGAGCUUACCACAACUCUUCUCAUGAUUUGGCCGGCGCCACUGGUGCUAACGUUACUCCACCUGGCACAUGGUGUUCCCAUGUCGUUGCCGCUUGCUUGAUGCGCAUCCGACAGCCCGGGAAGGUUCUUCUGCGUGCCCCAAUUUCGGAGUCCCUCUCGAGGUUGACCAAAGAUGACUUGCAAAAGUUCGCUCAGAAUCUUAUAUGCCAUGUUGGACCGAAAAAAAUUCUGCCAGCUGCUCAGCACAUUUUAGACCAACUGUUGGCCUCAACUGACAACCCCAUCAAAAGUUCACUCGGAGCGCCAGACCCGACUGCCGGCGGAGCUAUUGGGGAUGCCGCAGCGUGGUGUUUCGAUGGGGCUGUGCUCGAGGAGAAACUGCGUGUCACUUUGCAGCGGUUUUGGUCAUCUAAGCCGAGUGUGAUUUACAGCGAUAUCUGUUCUCUGAAUUCGGACUCACCUUUGGAUGUAGAGAAAUUCCACUGCGUCCUUCAUUCCCUUCGCGGCAACGAUCCUAGGGGCGUGUGGGAUUUGCUGUCCAUUAUUGGUGACAUGAUGCGGAGGCAAGACAACAAUGGUGUGCUUUUGCUGGAGAUUGUGACCAGAUGUAUCAUCGAUAUGCAAGAGCUGAUGACUUGGUGGUGCGUGGCUAAGACGAAAAACAGCGUGAUCACUAAAGGCAUGCCCAUAUGCCAACGUCAGACUCAAUACGCAGCGUUGUGGAUGUGUGAGGAACUCGUGCAUCUCUGGCAUUUGGCUUGUCUCAGCCCCGACCUUCGGCCUCAGUCACAUUCGUUUGGGGUGGAUCGUAUUCCCUCCGGAUCCAGCUGCGCGUCCGCCAGCAGCAAAACCACCACCGGUUCGGGUUCCCAUCCAUCAUCAUCCGAUUGCUGGCUGCUGCAACAGCUGUCUCGGAGGCUCAGGGCAUUUCAUCUAUUUGCCUUAGAGCAAGCAGGGUUCCAGCCGCAGAACUUACGACCGAACGCGGACGUGAGAUCCUCUCCACCAGGAGCGAGCGCCUCUGCAGUUACCAAGCAGGGACUUUCGACUGUGGACUACGAGCGAUUUAGCGGCUUCAAACCCGCUCUCGCAGCCUGUUACAUUCGUUGGCCUUCUGGGUUCCCGCCUACUCACUCACUAUCAUGGGAGGAGUUUCGCGCUUGCAUACCAAGCUUUACGGGCGCCCGUGUAUCGCUCCCGCAAUCGGAUGGGGCGCCAGACAGCACGGAUCACGUGGUGACCUCGGCUUGCAUUAAUUGGAUGCGGACUAUCACCACGCUCAAACGAUUACAAUUCGAGUUGCAUCAUACUACUGAUGAGCCAAGCGAUCACCCGGCUGCACACGUGUUCGAAGAUUUGCCGCUUCCAGAAGACGAAGCUCAGUUAGCGUUUGCCAGAUUUCAAGCACUCGACGCCCAUGGACACACGAAACAGUCACUUGUGUGGGCCCGUUACUUGGCACUCCGCCUUUUGUAUUUGAGCGUCGACUUCGUGGCUGAUUCAGAGGCUGCGGCGUUUCGUGUCAUUGGCUCACAUCGUCUUGCGGGGUCAAAUGGUGCGUUAACGACCAAAUCACUCGAAUCGGCCAUCGAUAUACGUCCACAAGAAACCGGAAAUACUAAGCGACCAAAGAAACACACUACCGCCGCGGUCACUGCCGGUAUCUCCGCUGUUGGGGACACACCUGUGUUGCAGACCUGUGCUGAGUCGAAAUCGAUGGCCUUUUCAGACGUGCUUCCAGAUGAACCGACUGAUGAGGCUGUUGAGUGGACUACAAAGGUCAGCCAACUACUCGACCAAAUACGUUGCCUGAUGGAGUGCCUCACUCGUGGUUACAACGAUUCUGUGUGCAACCCGUCUAGCAUUUCCGCGGCCAAUCGGAUUACCACCAGCGGUCGUACGUUGCUUUCUUUUCGUGGCCCAGAUCCGAAUUCGUUCAACGUGCACUUGGACGACAUGGCCUCCCCGGUCGCGCGUCAAACCAUUCGCCACAGCUUCGCACCGAUUGGAGACGAAUGGACUUGCAUUGAUGUCGAGCUGGCUUUCCGAUUGGGAUUCUACGGGCUAAGUCUGCCACGGCCUCCAACCACUAGUCCUAUUCUGGAAGUGCGUGUGUUCGACCAAGAAGUGGCAUUGGUCAGUCGCAUGUGCCGUCUACCCAUUCAUGUGGCUUGUCCCCACGUACUCCAAAGCAUUCGACAGGAGGCUUCUAUUCUCGCGAGGAAUUUGUCCACUUAUCAAACAGAUAUUCUCGUUCCGUACAACUUGGCCAGCUACAUCUUUCAUGUGUUAGUCGGCACCCAUCCCACUUUGGAAGUGCUGGUCAAUCUCACCGAUCCGAUCAACCUUCUGCGGCGUUCGGACAAUGCACCCACAGCAGAGAACGUGGGUGAAGUGCAAAACACCACCCUCUCCACGACACAUCAGAGGUCCGCCACCUCGGACGAUGCGAAUCCCAACGAGCGCGGUCAAGUGAAUUCGGACGUCGAGCUCUCCAACCGUUGCCCAGUUUUGGCGACUGGGGCAAUUCUGGCAGGCUGCGGACUGCCGCUCGUUGUGAGUAGCCACUAUUGUCGCAACAAAUCCGAACUGAACACAGUAAUGCGAUCCAGUUACUUGCGAGCACUUGAUUUGUCUACACUCGAGAAUGCACUGUGGCUCGACGCCGAUCUUGGCUUCAACACGGUGUUGUCUGUCAUCGGGACUCGGUCCCGAGUACCGCAAGCCGAAUUCCCGUACUUCAUCGAGGGUCAGUGGGCUCAGCUAGACGCAUUGAUGGCCUAUCUAUUCCGACAUUACCGUGAUGAUGUAGAGAAGUUGGACCACCUAUUAACGCGUUUGCUUCAUCGUUAUUACAAUCCGCAUUUCAAAGUGCCACCACUGUGGGCUUGCCUGUCACUUUCGCCUGGGGAACUAAUGCGUUUCAAUCAGUUCCCGAAUCUACCAUCGCAUCCACCAGAAGCAGAAGAGGCUGGGGAUAAUCUCGCUGCGACUACACAGUCUUUACCUGCGUCGUCUAUUGCGGUAUCUUCUGUGUUGCCACUGACGUCUGACCAGUCCUCUCUAACUCCGGCUCAAACCUGUUCCGCGAUGGACACAAGCUCGGUCCCUCCGCGAGUGUCAGGUGCAACUGAACACAGCGAUGCGCCUCAUCCAGAUGCAACACGAACCGCAACGGUGGACGCGGAAUCAACUGCUCCCGCUGCGAAAUCCGACCAUGCUGUCGACUCCAAUCGUACCGACUCUAUUGAAACCUUUUCAAGCGAUUUACGUACAACUUCGCAGCCUGUCGAAUGCAGUUUAGUCCUCUACGAUCCUACCUCUGCAAGCGAGGAUACAGACACUUUGUCCGAUUCAAAGAUGCUAUCCGAACGGCUUCGUUGUGCAACUCUUCGUGAUCCCCGUAGACGCGGCCGCCACUCCGUUGGUAUGGCCUCAGUGGACACAAGCGCACCGGAGACUACAAGCAGUGAUAACUCUCCCGCAGCAUCUCGCCGAUUUCCUUUCUAUGGAUACCCUGCUGACUCCGUUUCAGUGGUGUCCGACACCGCCGAAUAUCAUGCACAGUGUCUCCCUCGACGUUCGUCCUUUACCACUGCGGAUGUGGCUUCGCCACAAACUAGUGCUGCUUCGACACCGAAUCCUCGCGACGCACGCUCUGAACUUCCUGAGGGUAGCUCACUUGUGUGUGCAAGGAACGCUCGCAAACGGAUCGGACACGCUGCCAUCCAUACAACUUCUCUCCUAUCUUCAGAAGAUGAUGAUUUAAUUCCAUGUCGUCCAGAUCCCCCUCCACAAGAAGGCAUCGCGAUUCUGUCACCCGCAGUUUCCGAAAGCUGCUUGGAUUCAGUUCACGCAGGUUCCCCAACCGCCAACGCUGUCGUGACUCCUGUGCUGGCCGAAUCUCAAGCGCACCCGUUGGCUUCAAACACACAGACAACUUCACAGGAGGCAUCUUCUGUCCUAUGGCCUUAUGGUUUAAAGCGUCCUCCUCCGCAGCAGCUGUCGGAUCCAAUGGCUUUUCACAUGUUCCAGCUGGCAAAAUCCGUCCGCAAACUUGCCGGUGGACCGACAGCGAGUGGCUCGGUGUUUGUUCCCGAGCCGGAGGCACAUGGGGGUAUUGUUCACCCCAAUCUUCAAUUGGUAGCUUUCCAGAUCGGAUUGUACGGUCUCGGUAUGUACAAUCAACUUCACUCCUCCUGGCGCAGCCGUACGUAUUCCAGAAAUGGCGGGUGGGUGAGUCAACAAGUGUUUGAGCUCGGAAUCCCGGCUGCUUGUAUCCUCUAUCACUCUUGGCAACAUCAUUUCACCGCAGCCGAACUAGCUGGCAUAGCGUUUCAACUUUCGCGCGAAAACUAUCGGCCGCUCGUCGAUGUCGCCGCAGAGCUGUGCUUAGCCAGCCUAUCCUUUUGCACCACGCUCCGUCCGCAAGAAAUUUAUCGUGCUCUCGGGCAGUGUGAAGAACAUUCCACAUCGGUGCUCGAACGUGGGCUACUGACCAUUGAGAGCAGUGAGAAUCAGCUACUUUAUGGCAUUCUGCCCGAGAUUCACUUUUUUCUCGCCCGAAGUUGGUUUUCUUUGCAUCAAACUGUGACGGAGGAGUACAAGAGAGCCUUGGAGUUCUCGCAAAUUCAGGCACUAGACCGUAUGGAUUCUGAGCCGGAUCGUACUGAGAUUAACAUGUCCGCAAUGAAGACUGGGUCGCAUCUUCUCAAAUUGACACCAACUGAACUAAUGGCCAGCACAGACAGUACGGUGGUCUACUCUACCACCACAGUGGCUCCUACUGGUGGUGCUCCACUUCAACCCGCCCCUGUGGUAUUCGAAAACACGUUGAAUUGCGUUCCUGUGGCCUCUUGGACUACCUACCCAGCAAGUGGCUCCUCUUCUCAGCCAGGAUACCAACCGGCGACCAUGUUCCAACCUCCACCACCAAUUCCAAUACCCAACCCCGUUUUCCAUCCGAUGUAUCAUUCCAUGGGAUUAGCUUCAGAUCCCACGAUUCCACCAGGUCCCUCGAACUCCUUAUACUCGCCCAUGAUAUACUUUGGCCAACAAUCAGGUCAUAUGCAGUUCACGAAUGCCUACCGAUCUCCUUCGGCCCAACAACCGCAACCCGUGUUCCCUCCACACUCUCAGGCCGCACGCUUUCUGUACGCCACUCAGCCAACACAUAUUCCUCCUCCUUACUUGGUAACACAAGCCGCCCCAGUUCAUUGUGUCCAGCAUACCUUCUCAUCUCCUUUCCCUGGCGGUUCUGGGAUUAACCUCCAUGGAAGUGGAUUGCUUCCAUUUACUCCAUCACUGCCCCCGAUGCAGUCCUCCCUCUUGUCUCAGCCAGUCUUUCUGCCACCACCUAAUCCGGCAAUCAAUUCCACCGGGACUUCCCAUUUUGUUCCCCAGUUACCGUCGGAUCCUUUGAGCACCUCGCAGCAAUCAAUUCCCUCAGUUACUGCUUUCAACAUGAUGUUUCAAGUUCCCCCCGGAGCGACAACUGCUGUCGCCCCCUCGGAGCAGCCCACAUUCACCUCAGAUCCGUCACUGGCUGCGAGCGUUCUCUCUGCGGUGAGCACUAACGGUAGUGGAAGUAGUGACAGCAGUUCCACUUCCAGCUCCGUGGCUUUCCAAGGCGUUUUCAUGCCCCCUGCCUUCGCUCAACUCUCACCGAGCCGGUUUGUGCCGAUAGCAGUCGGGCCGCCUCAGGCUUCGUUUGCUCAGCGGUUCGCUUCUAUGAGCAACGCGUCCGGUUCCGUUGUGGUCCACCCGGCAUCGUCCGAUCGCGGGUCAACCACAUCGGAGACCGAUUCCAGUCGACCCACGGACUCAGUCGCCGAGGGAUUGAUCGAGGAGCAUCCUAACGCAGCAUGUUGCUCGUUAGUCCCGUCCUCAUUGGACGGUGCGACAACAACAAGGGUUGCAUCAUGUAACUCAGGUUCCCACCCUGUGACCAACACAUCAACCAUUCAAGCUUUGGAGGCUAAAUCACAUUUGUAUCUACGCCGUGCGUAUUUAUGCGCGACUAGCGCUAUCAAGAAGAUAUUCCUGCCACAGCCUGGCUCACACGGUUCCUCUGGUGCCCCGGCUGGCUCACACUCCGGCGCAUCUCCAUCUGGCCGGUGCGGACGUGGAGGCAAGUCUCAUCAUCAUCACCAACAUCACGGGACACAGCAGCGACAGCGUUCUCAGCCACCAACAGAUCAACCUUCACUCUCCGCCACUUGCUACUCCAAUUCGGAUGCCGAGUCCGUUGGAGUUGGCUGGGCAGGAGCCUGCCAGUUGGCGGCCUCCGAUUUGAAUCGCGUCCGAUUGCCCAUGUCAGCAGAUACUCAGUUGGUCAAAGUAUGGGACGUCAAUAUUCUAUGGACACUUGACGUCGCCAGUGGUUUGGGCCCUACAGCUGUCCACGAGUACUGCAAUUUGGUCUUACAAUGCGUACAAUACCCACUGUUAAUGAAACAGAUCACUACCAAGGUGAUUGAUUACUUCAACAACCUCUCCUCCCAACCAGCCACCACAGGUUCAUCAGUACAGCCAGAUCACCCAGGUAACACAGUUCCAUCACUGCCUGUGCAGUCCGGAACAUCGACUUAUCCCCAUUGCAGUCCGCCCAAACACACCGAACUGCAGGCUAUGCAUCCGGCACACUUUUAUCCUCUCACUUAUCCCACAUAUCCUUAUCUGAAUGGGAAAUCCGCAAUACCCCCUCCUGGUACGUGGACAAUGCAACCCACCGCUACUGGUCAUGACGCUCUUUCCCUGCACAGUCAGACCAAUUACACUGCGGCAGCUGCUCCUCCUCCUCCUCCUUACACAAUGCCUUCCCCCAUGUGGACGCCGGUCUAUGGUCACAGCUCGGUUGAGGCACCCCAUUUGAAACAGGGCCAAAUGAAUGAGAUGUUCAUCGCCCGUUUUCAACAAAUCGGAUCAUCACCGGAAUCUCUGCAGUGCAACAACAGUGGGUUACUUUUGAACGGUCAGCUCGGUCAGGCGGCAACCAGAGUAGACGCGCAGCAUCCCAUCUACGGACCGCCGUCGCUAAUCGCUGCUCCUAACUGGAACACAGUCAGCCAAACGCCUGUCCACUCGACUAACCACAACAAUGCGACUCAAGCAAACGCAUGCAACACUUUGUCACAUCCGGUGGCGCACGAUUUGCAGACCAGUGGAAGAGAGUUGGUCGAGCGGCUCAUCAACCGAACUCAUGCGCUAUUCCACAAGUUUAUUGAUCAACGACUCCAGUACAUUGGUCAAGGUCAGACAGAGUGGGACGAUUUCGUCGACCUCAUCCUGAAGGCGUACAACGUGCAUCUACACAUGCCUGCUACUGAUUGUGGCCUGCACUGGAACCAACUGCUCACUCGAAUCCGCAGACAUCACAAGUGUGGUGCUGCGCUGUGGCAGCGCAUCCUCGCUGGUAUCCAAACAGCAGACUUGAAGCGUUCGGGUUGAGCACUCUGUGCUGUACCACCUUCCCACCACGAAUUGUGUAGGCGAGAUCGAUGGCAAACAUUCUUUUAUCCUUCCCUGAACACACCAUUUCUAAAAAGAACUCAUUUUUCUCCACACUGAUUUUGUAUACCACUGUCCGUGCGUUGUCUAUGGUCCAACACUGUCCCCCCCUCCCACGCCGCACUCUUGGUGUUUCACCAAAUUCGGACGACCAUUAACUCUUUUAUUCCUUUUUAUCUCGCAUUUUUCUGUGAAUUCGAAAAAACAUUUGAAAGCACUCUC